AUGGCACCUCUCGAUGACGACUUCGUAUUCACCAUUUCCGACAACGAAGAUGGCUUCGCCGACGAAUUAGAAGAAACCGAACCGGCACCUACAUCAAACAACAAGCGCAAGCGCGAUUCAGACAUCGCCCCUUCCAAAAAGGACAAGAAGAAUAAGAAACAAAAGAAGAAGGCGCAACCGGAGCCCGAAUCAGAUGAGGAAGCAGCUAUCGAUGAGGACCUGGAUCCGGAGUUCGAAUUCCAGCUGGGCGAUGGCACGACGGCGAAUAUGGAAGAUUUCGAUGGUUGGACUGCACACAAUGCGCAAAAGAAUGCUGGCAAGCGUUUAGUCGACAUUGAUGACAUUAUCGCCAAGAGGAGGCAGGAGCAAAAGACAGAGGAUGGAGCAGAGGGAGGAGAGGAAGAGGACGAAUUCGCUGGUCUGAGUGACGGCGAGGACGAGACAUUAGCUGAGGACGCCUUCGGUAUGGGUGCUGCUCCCGGAGUCGAGAUCAACUCUGAAGACGAGGAGGAUGACGAGGACGAAGAGAAGGGAAGCGACGACGAGAGCAAUAGCGAGGCCGGUGAGGACUCUGAUGACGAGUCCAUUGCUGAGCAUGUUCCUCACCCCGACGAUGAACCAUCAGACGACUCAGACGCUGAAGAGAAAGAAGAUGCAGAAGAGGAGGAGAAGCGCGCCGCCUUCUUCGCUCCCGAGUCAAAUAUGGAGGGCGAGAAGGGUCCUGGAGCAAAGCCGGUAGGCUCGUUCCAGGAGCUUAGUCUGUCGCGUCCCAUCAUCAAGGGCUUGUCAUCUGUCGGUUUUACCGCUCCUACACCUAUCCAACACAAGGCUAUUCCUGUUGCUCUGCUCGGCAAGGACGUUGUCGGAGGUGCCGUUACUGGUUCCGGUAAAACUGCCGCCUUCAUCAUCCCUAUCCUCGAGCGUCUGCUAUACCGCCCGAAAAAGGUUGCCACCACCCGUGUCGCCAUUCUCAUGCCCACUCGUGAACUGGCUCUCCAAUGUUACAACGUUGCAGUCAAGCUAGCCAGUUUCACAGACAUUACAUUCGGUCAGGCUAUUGGUGGUAUGAGCUCUCGCGAGCAGGAGGCUGCCCUCAAGCAACGUCCUGAUGUCGUUAUCGCUACUCCUGGUCGUUUCAUUGAUUUCAUGCGCAACUCGUCAGCCUUCCAGGUCGACACUAUCGAGAUUCUGGUUCUCGAUGAAGCCGACAGAAUGCUGGAAGACGGUUUCGCAGAUGAGUUGAACGAGAUCUUGACAACUAUCCCCAAGUCAAGACAAACCAUGCUUUUCUCCGCUACCAUGACCUCAAGCAUCGACAACCUGAUUCGUGUUGGUCUUAAUCGCCCCGUCCGUCUCAUGGUCGACUCAAAGCGCCAGACUGUCGCAGGUUUGACGCAAGAGUUCGUCCGUCUGCGUCCCGGCAGAGAAGACAAGCGUAUUGGUUAUCUCCUCCACCUCGUCCAUGAAUCCUUCAGCACAAAGACUAUCAUCUUCUUCCGUCAAAAGAAGGAAGCCCAUCGCGUCCGUGUUAUCUUCGGUCUCCUUGGUCUCAAGGCCGCAGAACUCCACGGAAACAUGUCGCAAGAACAACGUAUCAACGCCAUCGAGGCUUUCAGAUCUGGUACCGCACAUUUCCUUCUCGCUACCGAUGUCGCUUCUCGUGGUCUGGAUAUCAAGAACGUCGACGCUGUCAUCAAUUACGAGGCACCGCAAACCCAGGAGAUUUACCUCCACAGAGUCGGUCGUACGGCUCGUGCUGGUAGACAAGGUAAAGCCUGCACACUAGCCGCCGAACCCGACCGCAAAGUCGUCAAAGCCGCCGUCAAGACUGCCAGAGGCCAAGGCGCCAUCAUCAAAUCUCGCAUCAUCGACCCCAAAAUCGCAGACGACUGGUCACGAAAGGUCGACUUGCUCGCAGUCGAGAUCGAAGAUGUACUCAAGGAGGAGAAGGAAGAAAAGGUCCUCGCAACAACAGAAAUGCAAAUGCGCAGGACGGAAAACAUCAUGACGCACGAAGACGAGAUCCUCAGCAGACCCAAGAAAACAUGGUUCGAAUCUGAAAAGGACAAGCGCGCAGCGAAGAUCAGAGGAAAGGAAGAACUCAAUGGUGUCAUGACUGCCGGUGCCAAACUCAAGGGCGACCGCAAGAAGCUAUCGAACAAGCAGAAGAAGAAGUUGGAAGACAAGGACGAGAGAAUGGAAGGUGGUGGUUGGAAGAAGGGUAAGGCUGAGAGG